UCUUCCCUCAUUAAUUUCAGAUUUAGCUAUGUUAGCCAUCAGAUCGUCGGAGGAGGAGUCCACUGAGAUGGAGGAGAUGGACACCUCGGAGCCCAACUGGUGCUGGUUCUACCUCGCUGAGUGUGGAGUGUGGCAUAUGUUUGAGAUUGAUCCCAGUGCAGCCUGCUCUGUGACAAGUGCUCAGAUCGAGCAGUGCUACAACAGAAACCAGCGAGGCGUCAUGGAGUUCUACACGGCCAAGUACACCUACAGACUGGACUUCUCAGUGAUGCGGCAGAUAAAUGUAACGACAGGGAAGCAGCGGCCGAUCAAACGCUCCCUCCACUCUGCGACUGGCUUUAGGUUUAUUUGUGAUAAUCCGGCCUUGCCUGUUCCAUGUCACUGGGAGAGAAUCAAUACAGAUGAGCCCUAUCAGAUCAUCCAGCUUGGAAGAGACACCUACGAGUUUAAAGAGGUCGCCAGACUGUACGAACGGACAAUGGAUCAUCCGAUCAAAUCCAUCCAGAGGAUUCAGAACCUGGACUUGUGGGAAUUCUUCUGCAGGAAGAAAACACAGUUGCGAAAAGUCAAGCGCACAUUGGAUAUUGAGGAGCGAAUGCUGUUUCAUGGCACAGGACACAGUAACAUACAAGCUAUAUGUACUUUUAACUUUGACUGGCGGCUCACAGGAAGCCAUGGCGAUGUCUAUGGGAAAGGGAGCUACUUUGCCCGGGAUGCUAAAUACUCCAGUAAAUUCUGUCACACCACAGGGAAGCACAACACCACCCUGCAGAGACACGGCCUCGCCCCUCCAAUAUUUGCUAGUGAGCCGCCCUACAAGUCCAUGUUCCUGGCCAGAGUUCUUGUCGGAGAAUACACAGUCGGUCAUCCCAUGUACUGCAGGCCACCCUCCAAGGACACCAGCUUCACCAGCUUUUACGACAGUUGUGUGGACGACAUGGCCAAUCCAAAGAUUUAUGUCAUUUUUGACAGCAAUCAGAUUUACCCAGAGUAUCUGAUUGAGUUCUACUGAGGCCCAACAACAAGGCAAGUCUGAUCCAGAGCCGAACAGGAGCAUGGCUCAUCUAUAAAGUGCCUUUGGAGAAACUGGGAAAACGAAGACAAUAAAGACUCUGUGUACAGUUUGUGUACUGUACAGUGUAUUCUGGAGCGGGCACUUGUGGUCGGAAUGUUUCUGCAGUGUAAAAAGAUAUUUAAAGAUGGUUUUUUGGGGGAGGGCAUUUUAGCCUUUAAUUGAUAGGGCAGACAAGUGUGAAAGGGGGAGAGAGAGGCUGCAGUUGAACCCGGGCCGCUGCAGCAAUAGCCUUGUACAUGGGGCGCCUGCUCUAUCCACUAAGCCACCGACGCCCCUCUGCAGUGUAAAAAGGAUGAAAUUACUGAUUUGAGAUCAGUCAUUGUGGCAGUUUUGUAUUAGAUGCAGAAAAACGUGCUUGCUUCUUCAAUAUCUGUGCACAGUUUAAAAUAAGAGAGGCACUUGCAGCCUGUAGGUCAGUGAUACUCAACUUACGGGGGCCAAAUCUUGCUCGCAGUAGGGUCCUGGGCAGCCCGUCAACCAUUUUCUAAUUCACUGUAACACAGUGUUAAUUUCGUUAAAGAACACUAUGACAAAAAAAGAGUAUGUCAACAAGAGACAUUGACAAGCUAAAAAUAGAUCAUAAAAACAAUGACGAAACAUAUGAUUAAUUUUCUUCGAUGAGACAAGACAGGACAAAAAUGUUAGUGGUGUACUAUCGGACAUUCGAAAUUAGAAAAGAGGAGAAUAAAUGACCAGUUUUUUCAAUGAAAUUUCAUAGAAAAAUGUUUUAAACUAGGAAGCCAAGAACGGCAGUACUUGCAUUUUUAUAAUGCGAUAUGAGCGAUGUGAGGUCGGAGCGCCUAUGUGUCAGCAAACUCCAGUAAAUAGUCAGUGCUAGAAUAGAGUAGAAUAGAAGUCCUUCGUUGUCAUUGUACCAGUACAAUGAAAUUUAAAAGCUACAACUGUACACGGUGCGAGUUAAAAGGAACAACUGUGACAACCCAGAUUAAUACCUUCAUACCUUCAUCAGACUUGUGAGCUGUAAUUCGGCAGUAAACAAGAAGCUGUAUGUGUCGGAUUGUGGAUGAUGGAGCUGUUGAAUAGAUUUGUGGAGUUUGUAAGUUGCAGCGGUGGCUGUUAGCAGCUAGCUCCGCUUGUUUCAGGGUGAAAUGAAGUUAUUUUUCUGCCUCUUAAAAGUGGGAUUGAUAUGUCUGAGUUUAUGAUGAAUCUGGGAACAAAUCCUAGUUGUCACGUUUGUGAUCUCAAAGUUUUUGAGUCCAUAAAUAGACAGAUGUUGAGCUUUUUUAUUGGCGAUCAGUAAGUGUGUGCAGAUAAAUCAUCCCUUAAACCUGUCCAAAACUCUGCCGGGGAAAUGCAAGUUUGUAAAUGUGAAGAAAUUAUUUGUAGUUGUAGAAAAAAAGUCUAAAUUUUAAGACAUGAUACAACCUGUCACCUUGAUUCCAGUUUCUGAUACCUGUAUUAGGGCUGGGCGAUAUAAGAUAAGAUAAACUUUAUUGUCCCAAGCGGGAAAUUUGUCUUGGGAACAUAGUGCAACAUAGCUGCAUAGCCGUUACAACCAUCAUAUACAAACAAGACACACAGAAGACAACCAUGUAGUACGCAAGGCGCAGAUUUGAAUAACAUAACAGUGCAAUUAGGACUGUACGAUAUAUCGAUACAUUUUCAAGCAAGAUAUUGAUUUAGACAACACUGUUUAUAUUGAUAUAGGGUCAAGCUGCGUUACAUAACGCAUACUAGUGAGCAUCUCGCCUCUCUCAUACUCUCCACACAGCUCCGCCCCACUCACUCACUCACUCACUCACUCACAAGUUCUCCAGCAAC